UGCUUUCGGUUCUUGCGGCAGUAGAAAUGCAACUGAGGAAGUAUGAUAACGAACGUCAAGGAAAUAUGUGUGUUAAAAAAUUCGGUUUAGUGAUGAAGACUCAGAAUUGUUUAUAAAAAACCAAGAAUAAAAUGUGAAUUAGCAAAGGCUGAUUACAAUGUGUAAAAUAUGUAUAUCUUUGAAAUAACUAACAAUUGAUAUAAAAAAUUAUAUAAAAUGUAUAUUGUAUACAUAUACAAAUGUGCAUAUAUCAUUUAGAAGAACAAAGAAUACCAGAAUUUUCACGGCAACUUCAUUUUAUUGUUUUAAUAUCAGUAUCAUUAUGGUGGAAUUUUUUCAAAAAACGUAACUUUUAAGAACAGACAAUGGUUAGUAAAAGUGCAGUGAGCGGCGAGGAACGCCCAGUUUUCAUUCCGCCACGCAAACGUCAGACAUCGAAAAAAGUGAAUGGCGCACAAAACUAUGUCGACCACAUUGUUAACGUACAGAACCGUCAAAAACUUUCGCCAUCAAAUCCUGCACUUGACGAGGACUUACUCAAAACCUCCUUAAUAUUGAAAAAUAAACAACCACUGCCGCAAAUACCAGGUGCUCAGACCAAUGGAGAUGCUACCGACGACCAAUUGGCACACAAGACUUCACAGUCAAUAGACAAUAUUUAUGAAGAUGAUAAUGAAUUGCAGAAUUUCGAGAGCGUUUCACAAGGCACAAAAUCAACAAAUCGGCAUGAAAGUACUACAGUUACGCCAAGUAGCUAUUCAGAGAGUAGUUUGGAUGCAAAGUCUCACGAUUGUCUCAGCAAUCGCUCCUCCUCAAAGAAACGCGUAAAUAUUCGUACCGAUCCCUUGCAUGUGCGAAGCCAACGUGAGUCACCAGAAAUAACUAACUAUGAGGAUCUGGAAUCGGGUGAGACGAGCGUUUUAAAUGCCGAUGUGCAUAGUUUGGAAAGGUACAAUACGCGCAGGUCAAUGGAUAGUAAUUAUCUAACUAUGACAGGUACAAUUAAACGGGGCCGCAAAAAGGGUCAAAGCCUGGAUCUGCAAAUCAAUAUCAGUCGCGAAGAGCUGGAACAAAUCAAUGCUGUUACAACUGCCACUCAGGUGAAUAAACAGCAGAAUCUCUGUUGCACCUGCACUCCGAAAACCGGUCUACAUAUUCUCAUCUUAUCGCUGAUAUGUCUUCCAUUCGUGACGUUAGUCUCGAGCAUAUAUUCAUUUUAUAUUGGCACACUCACCUGGUACAACAUGUUCAACUACUUCAAUGAGGAAAAAUCUUGCGUUUAUAAAUUCUUUAUGUCACCCAUACUUAUACUCGCCUAUCCGGUGGGCAUACUCGUUUGCACCCUCGGCCUAGGCAUAUAUGCGGGCAUUGUGCAAUUAAGUCUACAACUCAAUAGCUGGUUGAACGAGAUGGCCGACAUUGAGAAGGGCUUCUACGGCUGGUUAUGCUCAUUCCUACAUCUCUCCGAUUGCAGCCCAUACGAAGUGGUCAUAUUAACGGACAUACGACUGCCGCACGAUGUGCCUCGUGUACAUGUGAAUACUUCCACUGAAGAAUUAUCGCUGUAAGCGCACCGCAGGACGAACAAAAAUCGGUAUUUACUUGCAACUCAAUAGUGAACAGAAGCCGUCAAGUUUUUUGGAAAGUGAUAUCACACAAAUAUUGUGGAAUGCAAAUCGAAAAGUGCAACAAAGAUUAUUUUCAAUUUUCGCUAAUGUAGUAGUGUACUUUUUUGUGUGCAGAUAGCGAAAGAUAAGGCGUUGGGUGAUAAUUUAGAAAGCGUAAUAUUAAAAAAAAAAAAAAACGAAAAAAGAAACAGUUUAAAGAGUAGAAAAUAAGUAAAUUUAAAUAUUAGAUUGCGCGCUAUGCUAUUUUCGUUUCAGAAACGUACAUACCUAUACGUACACAAACAUACUACUACACAUGUAGAUAAUGAUAAUAAGUAUUAGUAUUCGACAAACGGCAUCUUAUAUACUUGCAUACAUACUUAUACAUAUAUGCAUAUGAUACCAAGGCGAAUCUAAUUAAAAUUAAUGAAUUAACGAAUGCGCCUCGUACGCUAUCAUACAAAUUUUUUGGUAAAUGUGAAAUGCGAUUUUUUCUUAUCACAUUUUCAAAGGAAAUAAAAGGUGCGAAUA